CUUCCGACGUGGAAGGCUGCACGGUGGUCCGAGACUUCUGAAUUUAACGGAAUUAUGCAGGUUGUUGUAGUUUGGAUCACAGAGUGGGCGAGCAUUAUAUAUUUCAUGGCACUGCUGCUGGGUUCAAGUUGCUUUGAGACGUUUUCAGGUGUGGAGAGUUGGUUUUGCAGCUCAAGGUCUCAGAAUUUCGGGAUCAGACUCCAUGGGAGGAGCAACCGUGGCGAAAGAGGAGAAUGGUGCCAUGGACCAGGCCUGUGCUGGCAUGGGGGAAUUGGUGAUAGAGGACCCUCCUCUGAUAGAUUUGAGCGGUCUCGACGGCCCGGAGCGAAGAAAAAUUGGCAAUGAGAUCGAUGAAGCUUGCAAGAAGUGGGGCUUUUUCCAGAUAAUCAAUCACGGAUUCGAUUCGUCGUUGAUGAGCAAGGCGAAGAUGCUGGCUAAGGAGUUCUUCAAGCAGCCCGAGGAACAGAAGCUCAAGUUCAGAGUGACGGAAGAGGUUUUCGAGGGAUACUGCUGCUCCAAGCUCCGCGACUCCGUCGGAAAUGUUAAGAUCACAGAGUCCACUGAGUUUCUUUUGAUGUUCUUGGACAUCCAAGAUAUAAAGAAACAGCAGAAAUACUGGCCUGACAGUCCUCCAGGUUUCAGACAAACUAUGGAACAAUAUCUCAUUAAGGCGAGAGAGCUCCACGAGAAACUUUUGGCUUUGAUAUCGGAGACAAUUGGUCUCGAGCCAGAUGCACUGAGGAAAGCCAGUGAAGGAUCCGCUGGACCUGUCCGAACAGCAGCACGAAUGAACUACUACCAACCUUGGAGCAGCGAGGAUGAGCCAGCAAAGGAAAGGGCUCUGGCCUCUCACACCGAUGCAGGAACAGUUCUUACAAUGCUUUACUCAGACGAGGUGGCAGGGCUUCAGAUUAAGAAGGAUGGCCGGUGGGUGAAAAUUGAGCCCAUCACCGACGCGUUCAUCGUAAAUCUGGGUGACCAGUUGGAGAUAAUGACCAACGGCAGGUACAAGAGCGUGGAGCACAGAGGGGUGCCUGACAAGACUCGUGAACGCUUGUCCCUGGCUACCGCUUACUACCCCGAUAAGCAGUCAGUGAUUGGCCCCAUACCUGAGCUUAUAACUGAUUCCAACCCGCAACUCUACAAAGUCUGUAACUUCCGCGACUACGUUGAAACUUUCUACAGAGAGGGCCUCAACGCAAGGCAUCAGACGACUUACGCAAAAAUAGAAUCUCGAUGAUCUGGAUUCUAGAGUUGCUGCACUUUUUAUCUGACCUUUCCAUUUUUUGAUCAGGGGUAAGGGGAUAACGCAUAAACUAGAGGCCCGAUUCGUUUGUUUGUUGAACCUAUUUGAGUCCUAUGUACUAAAAACUUGUUCGCUUGCUUUACAUCCCACCAAAGCGAUGAAAUACUUAUCUAGCUGAACUUAAUAAAUGAAGGGUAUUCAAAAAGUUGUCUGAAGAUUUGGACAAAGAAUUUCCUUCAGAUUGUCACACCAUGAAAAAAAAUUCUAUCUUAACAUCUU